AUGGAGUAAUUUUAAAAUGCAUAUAAAGAGUUGGCAAAGAUGGCCAAAAUGAGUAGUUUUUAUUAAGCCCAGAAGAAGGAAUAAAAAAUUAAAGGAAUUCAAUAGAAAAUAAGUCAAAAAUCAAAGAAAAUUAAAGAGGCUCCAUUAGCAUCCAGAGAAGAGUUGAUGCAAAAACUUAAAAAUAAGAUAGAUACAUUAAAAGCUGAUAGAACUACAAAGAAGGAUUAUAUACCACCUAGAAAAUAAAGAUAAUAAAAAAACAAAUGA